AUGACAUCGCGGCACGGCCAACGAGUCGCGAAGCCUUCACCACACGGCCAAGCGAGUGAGGCUGAGCUCGCGUCUCGCGCUGCGCUUCCGCCAACCGCCUCGGACCUCCACUCCAUUCCCGUUACAGCCUCCAGGUCCGCGUUUGCCCUUCCCCCGUCCGCCGUUUCCGCCUCCCCUGCGCCCGUUAGCGCGAGUCGAGCUGCCUCCGCGUCGACCGUCACCACCCUCGGCGGUGGUUCCGAUGGGCUACGCGCGAGGAACCGCAAUGGGAGCUGGAGCUUUCGACGCAGCGGCGUCAAACGCGGCGGUAGUCACGGCAGAAGUCCCGGCGGUAGUCACGGCGACGUUUACGGCGGCAGCGACGGCGGAAUCAGCAGCGGCAUCAGGAACCUUAGCGGCCGCGUAAUGUCCGGGAUAUUUGGAAAACGGCGCGACACGAUCCCAGACAGCGGCCCUCUGAGACCCUCGUUUCACGGUGGGAUGGUGCGGCUCGUGUCACAUAACUUUCCGGACAUUCCGCUCGAGGAAAUGAAAUCCGACGCGCUUUGGGGGAAAACCUGGUGGUGGUUCGGACGAGUAUUGGAUCCGCGUACAACGCGUAUGAAGCAGUGGAUGAGAUUCGUCGCCUUGGUUCACUCCGCAUCGCUAGCCGUUGAUCCCUGCUUUCUAUACCUAAUCUCUUACAGUCCGGAAGUGUCAUGUCUAUUUCUGGAGACGAUUUUCUCGAUAGUCCUGAUGGUGCUUCGGAGCGCGUGUGACUUGGUUUUCCUGGUGGAUGCGUUUCUGUCGUUGCGCACGGCUUACGUGUCGAAGGAAGCUAUAGCGAGGGGGCACGGCAGCGAAAUGGUGACUAAUGCGAGGAAGAUCGCGCGGUCGAGGUGUUCCCUCGGCGGGGUGGUCUUCGAUAUCAUCGCGACUUUGCCGAUUCCGCAGGUAUUCGUGUGGGUGAUUGCCCCCAUGCUAAUCCAAAUGGACAAGGCUUCGUAUGAAUUUUCUACAGGCGGCGUCACUAUAGCUUUCAGCGCUAUCAUUCUACAGUACGUGCUGAAGCUGAUUCUUGCCGCCCGGUUCACCGUGCGAGCGCAGCGGGUCAACGGCUACAUCUUUGGCGCAGCGUGGUGGGGCUUUGCGUUGAACUUCAUCGCGUACAUGAUUGCUGCUCAUGUGUUCGGGUCCCUCUGGUACCUGCUGGCGUCUGAGCGGGUGGCCACGUGCUUCCAGACGCUGUGCCAGCAGGUCCCCACGUCUGUGUGCAACCCUAACUACGUGACAUGUCCCGAAGCAUAUGAGACAACGACGGCCCAAGUGAGCCCUGAGUGGGCGGCAUGGGGCGCCAAUGCCACUCUCCAGACAACGUGCUUUGAGGGGGAGGGGGAUUUCAACUUUGGCAUCUACCACAUGGCGCUGCAGCUGAUGAAGGAUGGAUCUGCUGUUGCCAAGAUCUUUUUUGGCCUCUUCUUUGGAAUCAUGACGCUAAGUCACUCGAUAAAGAGGGUGACAGUAGUACGGGACGGGAAGUUCAACUUUGGCAUCUACCACAUGGCGCUGCAACUGAUGAAGGAUGGAUCUGCUGUCGCCAAGAUCUUCGUUGGCCUCUUCUUUGGGAUAAUGACUCUCAGCUCCUUCGGGAAUGCCCUCGUCCCCAGCACCAACUUUGUCGAAACCACCUUCGCUGUCAUCAUGGUGCUAUCGGGGCUCAUGCUUUUUACUCUACUCAUCGGGAAUAUUCAGGUGCGUGUUAGUAACGAAUGGCCUUAUGGUGGGGAUGAGUAUGCCACCACCUUCGCUGUCAUCAUGGUGCUGUUGUCGGCGCUUAUGCUCUUCACGCUGCUCAUUGGGAAUAUCCAGGUGCGCGUGUGGCUGUAA